CCUGUUUUCUUUUUCUUUUUUUUUGUCAUGGUGGCUGCAGUUUGAAGGGGAGGGAAAUGUUCUGCUCAUGAGCGUUUAUUUAUUUAUUUAUUUUUUAAUGUCUGGGACUCUCAAGGUUAAGCCGGGCAUCGUGACUUUUAAGUGACCACCAUGCAACAACAACAACCACCGGUGAUAUAACACGAUAUCCGACAAGUUCACCACCACCACCACCUCCUCCUCCUCCUCCUCCACCCUCCACAGAGUCCUCGUCAGGGAAAACUACCACCUGCCGCCGCAUCUCUCGCCAUAUGACCGUCUCAAAGUGCGGACCGUGCACAUCAAAGAAGGAGCUCGGACGGGACGGGGUGAGAUUUCAGAGCUGCUGUCAGUUCGUGUGGAUGUGUGAAGACGCACAGAAGCUGCAUUGAUCCACGCGCUCCAGAUAAACCAGGACGAGUGAUUGAAGUGGUUUUUUUUUUUUUUGGUUUUUACUUCCGUUGCUGUGGGUUGCCACUCAAGACGGAGAGUAACUUUUUCUCAGUCAAGGACUAGCUGCUGCUGCUGCUGCUGCUGCUGCUUCUUCUGCCAGUGACGACUCACUCGACAGGAUGACAUGGCGUCCUCAGUACCGCAGCUCCAAGUUCCGCCACGUGUUUGGUAAGGCCGCCACCAAGGAGAGCUGCUAUGAUGGCGUGCCAAUCACACGCAGCGUCCAGGACAACAACUUCUGUGCCGCCAACCCACGGUUCCUGGCCGUCAUCACCGAGUGUGCCGGGGGUGGGGCCUUCCUGGUGCUCUCUGUCCAUCAUACGGGUAAGAUUGACCCUCUUCACCCUCGAGUGUCGGGCCACAGGGGGAACGUGCUAGACAUCAAAUGGAAUCCGUUCAACGACUUCUGCAUCGCCUCCUGCUCCGAGGACACCACGGUGAAAGUGUGGGAAAUCCCUCCUCAUGGUGUACUGAAAAACCUGACAGUACCGUGGAAGGAGCUCCAGGGUCACAGCCGCAGAGUGGGCCUCAUUGAGUGGCACCCAACUGCUAAUAACAUCCUCUUCAGUACGGCCUACGACUACCAGGUAAUGAUCUGGAACCUGGACUGUCCAGAGCAGGUGAUAAAGAAUCCAGUGCGGACCAUCAGGCACCACACAGACGUGGUCCUGUCCAUGUCUUUCAACACAGAUGGCAGCGUCUUCGCCACCACCUGCAAGGACAGGAAGGUCCGACUGAUGGAGCCGCGCUCAGGAAACCUGCUGCAGGAAGCCAACUGUAAGACGCACAAAGCCAGUAAGGUGAUGAUCCUGGGGAACAUGAAGAUGCUUCUCACGUCAGGCACCUCACGCUGGAAUGAUCGACAGAUAGCUCUGUGGGAUCAGGAUGAUCUGUCUGUGCCUUUGCUGGAGGAGAACCUGGACGGUUCUUCAGGCGUCAUCUUUCCUUUCUACGACCCCGACACUCACAUGCUCUACCUUGCUGGAAAGGGUGACGGAAAUAUCAGGUACUAUGAGAUCAGCUCCGAAAAACCGUACCUCCACUACUUAACAGAGUACCGCUCACUUUCACCUCAGAAAGGAAUGGGUGUGAUGCCAAAGAGAGGCCUGGAUGUGAGCUCCUGUGAGGUUUUCAGGUUCUACAAGCUAGUGACGACCAAGAGUCUCAUCGAGCCUCUUUCUAUGAUCGUACCCCGCCGGUCGGAGUCGUACCAAGAAGACAUCUAUCCAAUGACGGCCAGUAACAGGCCUGCUUUGACUGCAGAGCAGUGGCUCAGUGGCAUCGACAAAGGUCCACUGCUGAUGUCUUUGAAGCCCGGGAGUCAAGAGCCAGAGUCCUUCUCAGACACAAAGGGGCUGGGGAGCACUCUGGACAGUCGCAGGUCUCAGAGCAGACCGGGCAUGCUGCAGCUCGCUUACAUUCAGGGCCAGCUGGAAACCAAAGAUGUCAAAAACGACAGCGAUCACACGGAGGGGGACAGGAAUCGGACGCCCGUGAGCAACGGAGAAGACCUCGCACUUUGCUCUCCUCCCAGGACAGAGAAUGAGCUGCGCAUGAAGUUCCACAAGCAGCAGGAGGAAAUCCGACGGCUGAGGGAGCUCCUCAACCAGAGGGACGUACGCAUCAAGCAGCUGGAGCUGGAGAUUAAGAACGUCAAAAACUCCUCUCAGAGCUCGCGUUAGGACUUUCCCGUCACCGUCACAUCUUCACAGGACACAUGCAUUACUGUACAGACUUACUAAACCCCCCAUUUUGAAAGCCACCGCUCUUUUUGGUAAGAUCCUGGCUCACCUGUUCUGCUCUAAUGAGCCUCCACUUACUCACUGCACAGGGGUGAUUCAAAUCUGGAUUGGGUAUUUUGCUUAUUUUUUUUUCUUCCAGUCAGUGGUUUCGUCAACUCUACACGCACGGUGCACAUAUUCUUUGUUCGUGUACAUACACUUUAAAAAAACAACAAAAAAAACAAACUCUGCACCUUUUGACCUUUCCUCCCGUUUCUUUUGUACGCUUUCACACCUAUGCAAGCCUGUCGUAAUUUUUAUCUUUUUAAGCUCUUUGUAGCCGAGAGACAAGAGGAUGUUUGUGCCCGUCUUGACUGAAUGAUGUGGUUGCCCGCGUGUGUCGUCUGAAAGUUGUUGCAGGGCAGGAGCAGACAUCCUGUGUGAUUGUACGAUAACGCCGAAUUCAUUUUCUGUGCUUGGUGAUUUUUUUUUCUUCUUCUUCUUUUUUUUUUUUAAUAUUUAAACUACUGUAUACGGAGACAGCUGUGGUGAAUAAGUCUUUAAUGAGAAAUGUACGGGUGCAUGAAUGAGAGUGAGCUAAUUGAUCGACACUACCGUGAUGUCCCAGCUGUGUUCUUGCCAUUCCACUAAGCUGUUAUGUUUUUGUUCUGUUUCUGAAUGACUGGAAAUUCAGUGGAAAAUCGAUCCGUUUUACCGCAGCCAAUUCUGUAACUGAUGCCAUGUAACGGUUUCCAUCUUAAUUUUUUAUAUUUAUUUUAAAUACAGUCAAUGAAACCACCAUUUAGUCAAGUACUUGAAUUUGCAGUUUUGGACAAUGCACAGCGUAGGGAAAAAAAAAAAAAAAAAGAAAUGUCGAAAACAAACAAAAUCCUGUUUUUCCUGAUUUCCUGGAGCCGAUGUGAAGAACCCGAGCGGCGCACUACUUUUAUCUUAUGUACUGGCGUCCCACUCAGUUCUCAAUGCAAAGCAAAUCCUGGACCAAUGUUUUAUUGCUCUAAUAUUGUCGUUUUAUUAUCAUAUUUUAUUGAUUUCUCUUCAGUUUUUUUUUUUUUAAUGGCAAUAAAAAGUGAGCAGCUCUGCUGAGGUUGUGAUAACCGGAGUGAGCCAUAUGAUACCAUUAAACAAUAUGCUAAAUUUUAAAAGAUUAAAGAUUUAUUUGUAGCAUUUGCCUUUCCCUUUAAAUGAAUGAACAAAAUUGUUGUAUUGCAUCGUUGUUUUUUUUUUUCUUCAUAAUUUGUCUGAUGUUUUAGGGCCUAGAUUACACAGACACUCCCUGCACAGGCUGCGCUCAGCAUAUAAACUCUCAAUACAUUCCUUAGUAAGUUCACUAUAUCUUGAUAUGUGUUGAUAUUAUAUAUUAUAGUAAAAGAUCUAUCUGCAUA